ACUCAAUUGCCCUGCUCUCCUCUGCGGCCUAAGGCCGCACGGCUGUUGAUGUUGGCUCUCUCCUGUUCGGCCGCCUGCCACAGACAGUCCCAGGGAAAGCAGAGCUGAGCGCCGACAGUUCAACGAAGCUUUCUUCUUCAGCCAAAUAUGGCGAAAGCUGAGAGAGAGCGCCUCGCUCUGAUCCUAAAUUCUCAUCUCAACACCAUCCACGAGACCUUACAGGUGUUGGAUCAAACGCCGCCUGCAACUGUUGAGAAGGUGAAGUGGGAGGAUGUCAUCAAGAUGGGCGAGCAAGUUUCCAAGCAAGCCACCAUUGUUGGAAUGCUAUGGACUGGAGGUACACCCAAAGCUAAAGAAGUUGAGGAGAAUAUGGCUUCGUAUUUCAAUGUAUUGCAGGGUUUCCUAUUGUACUUUUACGGAAGCACGGUUGGGGCGGGACCCACUCUUUCUUCGAAUCUCCAUCAAUCAGUGAUGCAAGUUGUCAAUAGCAGUUUCAACUUGAUGAAGGAUUCUGUUUCUUCUUCCGGGUCGCGCAGUAAAGACCAGAAAGUUGCAGUCCCGGUUCUGGUUGGUAAAGUAUGGGAAGCAUGUUCUGGUCUUAAGAAGGCCCCUGCUACAAAUAUUGCUGCAAUUGGACGGGCCAUGACGCAGGUUGCAGUGUCCAUGAAGGAUGUACUUCGGGAGAUGAGGGAGCUCAAGCCCGAUUCUGGUGGACAAGAAGAUGACCAGCAAACUAGUGGUGGCGUUGCUGGUGAUGGUGAUGGAAAUGAAGAUGACGAUGACGAUGUCGGUGAUAUGGGCAAUGACUUAUCGCCUGAAGAGAUGAAGGUGGCUGAAUUAGCAAUGGAGGUUGUCUCCGACUUGCUUCUAGUAAUUAAAGAACUUAUCCGUUCCAUCACGGGUUUGCUCAAGAUGGAGAAAGCAGACACUAGUGGGAGCUUCGUGGACUCCUUGGAAAAACUGUUGAAGUCCAGCCAAGUGAUCGGGGCACAGAUUGACGAGCUCGGGGCUUGUCUUUACCCUCCGCAGGAGGUUUCGACCAUGGAGGCAGCCCUUAAAAAGAUCUCGAGUUCUCUUAAUGGGAUUGAAUCAGAGGUCGAAGAUCUGAAAGGGUCUACAGACACCUUUGUUAAGGCUUGUUCGGGUCUGAGGGGCUCAAUUAAGCAGCUAGAAUUAGUCUUGAGCUGCUGCUCUGUUGGUCAGUUGGAAGAACAGUUGACGAACACUAGUUUGAGUCACUAAUAAAUGUUCGCUUAGAUUUGCCAUUGGAGUGUGUGUAGAAGAUAGAGUCAAAGGGUUGUUUUGUGAAGGUACGACUCAUUAAGAUAGAAAAAAAAAAGGGCCUUUAUAUUGUCUUUAAAUCUUGUCUACGCAAGCAAUCGGUCCAUCUUAUGUCAUUGACUUUGGUUUUGGCUCCGUUUGUGGAAUAUCUCCUAAAACUAA